UGCAAUAACCCACCACUCAAGCAAACAAACAAACUUAAGGCAAAACGAAAAAUCAAAACGAAGAAAAAUCAAGUCUUUAGCUGUGAACAGAGGAGUCGGUCCCCAACCUCAACUGUAUGCAUUUAAAGUCUUCUUCUUCUUCUUCUUCUUCCUCCUCCUCCUGAUAGCUGCCCCCACUGACCCUUCAAGGAGAAGGGGAGAGGAAUUGUGAGUCUGAUCUGCAUUGGGUUUCGUGAGCUGGAAGGAGGAAUGGAGAAGGAGGUCAAAGAUGAGAGCUUCGGCUUGGCAGAGGAAGAGCAGGCAUUCGAACAGAGCAGUGAGAUUGAGAGGAGCAAGAUUGGGAUCAUGAGAGCCUUCGUUGAAAGGGAAGAUCCCUCUUCCAAGGAUGUGGAUGAUUACAUGUUAAGGAGGUUUCUGCGAGCCCGUGAUCUAGACAUCGAGAAGGCUUCCAACAUGUUCCUAAAGUAUCUCAGCUGGAAGCGGUCUUUUCUCCCUAACGGCGGCUCCAUAUCUCUGUCGGAAAUCCCGAACGAGCUCGCCCAGAACAAGUUGUUUAUGCAAGGUCUCGACAAGAAGGGGCGACCGAUAGUGGUCGUGUUUGGGAAUAGGCAUAAACCUUCCAAAUCGAGUCUAGAGGAGUUCAAGCGUUUCGUAGUCUUUACCCUCGAUAAAAUAUGUUCAAGAAUGCCCCCGGGAAAGGAAAAGUUUGUUGCCAUAGGAGAUCUUGAAGGGUGGGGGUACACGAACAGUGAUAUCCGUGGCUACUUGGGAGCUCUAUCAAUCCUGCAGGACUGCUACCCCGAGCGGCUCGGGAGAUUAUUCAUAGUCCACGCACCUUACGUGUUUAUGACCGCUUGGAAGAUGGUUUAUCCAUUCAUCGACAGUAACACCAAGAAGAAGAUCAGCUUCGUCGAGAGCAAGAAGCUGAGGAGCACUCUGCUGGCCGAAAUUGAUGAGAGUCAGCUCCCUGAAAUAUAUGGAGGCAAGCUUCCUCUAGUUCCCAUUCAGGAAGUUUGAGGAAACUCCUCUAGCAACUGUACCGAUCCAAAACAUGUCCCGAAUCAUGAGAUGAUACAGUAUUCAUUAUAUAUUGAACUUUUAGAAGAUGUUUAGUUCCUUGUUUCCGUGGAGAAAACCCCUCGUUUUGUAAACGAUGACUUGUAUUACAAGCUCGAGUACUCAAGAUAUCAUAUCUACACCCUUUCUUCAUGUUCAAGAA